AUGGAGGAUGAUUUCCCCAGCCAGGUCAAGAAGGUGGCGCUGGCCAUGGGCACGUCGCUGACAGACAAGGACAUCGACCUGCUGCCCACGGACAUGCGGCACCACGCCUCCUUCAACUACACCAAGUUCUUCGAGUACAUGCAGAAGUUCCCGACGUCGGGCGGGCGGGAGGAGCACAUCCGCAAGGCCUUCCAGAUGCUGGACAAGGACAACAGCGGCUUCAUCGAGUGGAACGAGAUCAAGUACAUCCUGUCCACCGUGCCCAGCAACAUGCCCGUGAUGCCCUUAUCGGAUGAGGAGGCCGAAGCCGUGAUCCAAGCAGCUGACACGGAUGGGGACGGGCGCAUUGACUUCCAAGAGUUCUCCGACCUGGUCACGAAGGAGAAGCUUGCCAAGAAGUGA